CUGACUCUUCCAUGUCUACAUAUGACAAAACAUUUUGACUUUGGCUUAAUUGAAUAUGAAAACAUAAUCCAGUUGCAUUUUAUGGUGAAUGCGUUACCUCUUAAAAUGAUGGAAUUCUCUUCUGUAGAUUUUUCUUUGUUAGAGCUGGGAUGAUGGGAUGGCUACUUAUCAACCUCUCCAUUUUGGCAAAAAGUGUUCAAGAUGCCAACUUGAGCCAAUCAAUGAUUCUUUACCAGCUAUUCUGUGUGUUAUACAUCCUGGACUACUUCUUUUAUGAAGAGUACAUGACCUCCACUUGGGAUAUAAUUGCAGAAAAGUUGGGCUUCAUGCUUGUGUUUGGAGAUCUAGUUUGGAUUCCCUUCACCUUUAGUAUUCAGGUAGUUAGUUACCUGUCACUUGUUAGAUCAAAUUAUUAGAAGAAACUAUUUUUG